GUGCGGAUUGAGUUACGACUGUUUGCGCUGUAUCGGGAAAGGGCCGGGGCUGCGCUGGUGUCGGUAGAACUGCCGGACGACAGCACGGUGGGCGACCUUACGGCUGCCGUGCGAGCCGACUAUCCCCGACUGGCGCCGCCCGAAGUACGCAUUGUGGUGGCGGUGAACGCCGAGUAUGCUGACGAUGACCAGACUUUGCAGGCGGGCGACGAAGUGUGCCUGAUACCUCCCGUUAGCGGGGGUCGCGGUUAG